CCGCUCACGGAGCAGCAGCUGGUCGAACUACAGCGGCGCCUCAGCACGCCGGGAGGAAUAGGCUUGCGUGGCGCUCCCCUGCAGGGCCUGAUUCAGGCACUGCAGCAACAACGGGCAAUGCUGUCCGCGGCCAUCGAGCAGAAACAACAGCAACAGGCGCAACUACUAGCAGCCCAGGCUGCCCUCGAGCCUAGCUGUCGUCGAACGGCGGGGAGCAGGACGACGACCACGGCACAGAAAACGUCCCAAAAAGCUCACCACCAACACCAUCAAUUACCAACGGGGUCCAUCCCGCUGUCUGGCGCGGCGCCGAGCGCAGCGCCCACCUCUGCGGGCCCACCGCUGGACGAGGAAGGUCCAGAGUCCAACAGCAGCUGCUGCUGCAGCAGCAACAGCACCAACAGCAGCAACAGCAACAGCAACAACAACUCGCCAACGCUCACCUCCUCGCCAGCUUGCAGCUCGCCUCCCAAUUCUCGGCCCAGUUCACCUCCCAGAUUGCCUGUCAGCUUGCCUUCUUCAACCCCCAGCUCGCCUUCCAGAUCGCCACCCAACUCGUCGCCAACCAAAUCACCGCAGCUCAACUCGCCGCCCAACCAUUCGCCUCCCAGCUCAACCCCCAUCUCACUUCUCCUCAACUUUCCCCGCGAUUCACCCAUCAAUUCACCCCUCAACUCACACCACAACUCGCCCCCUGCGUCGCCCCCAGCGUCCCUCCACACUUCACCCCGCACUUCGCCACGCACUUCGCCCCGCCCUUUGCCGCCUCGCACACUCAGCCACUCGUCAGCCAGCUCAGCCAACCUCAGCCCCAGGCUCAGUCCCUGCCGCCCGUCCUCCCCCAGGACACGGGGCAGCAGCGCACUCAGAUUUACCACAAUUCAGGCGCUGGUCGCAAGCCUGAAGCACCACGGGGACCACCCGGAUCCCUGCCUCGCCAAAACUCCUGACACCCUUAGGACGCCGAGUUCCGGAAGCUCGGACCGUAGCCUCAGCUGCAGCAUGGCCCUCGGACCUCGGCGCAGUCGCAGCCGCAGCAGACGCAGCCCCAACCGCAGCCGCCUCCGCGGCCCCAGCCCCCGGGGCGGCGUGGCCCUGGAGCCGACGACCUUUGCGGUGACUUCUCCACCGAGCAUCGUCCUGGACCAAGACGCGGACAACGACUCAAUCGACGGGGAAGUGGUCGGUGCUCCGCGAGCAGCGGCUGCGUCCUCGCAGCCGACCAAGCCCAUGCCCUGGAUGAGGCAGCGAAAGAAGCAGCCCAACACGGUCAAGAAGAAGAACAGACUGAAGAAGCUGUCAUGGAAGGAGGCGCCCACGCAGGAGGGUGCCGCGGAUCUAGACAAGCCCAUCGUCUGGUGUGAGGAAGAGCCCUCCUCCGAGCAGGGCCCCACCGCGCCAAGCUCACACGUCGAGCUCGAGAUCGUCGAGCAUGUCCCCGUCACGCCCCAACCUGAGCUGCCGUCGACUCCCACCACGUCCUUGACCCAGAGGGUGCGGCUGAACCUGAGCGUGACCGACACGUCGGAGUGGCACAGCGCGCGCCUGCAGCAGGCCUGGCAGAGCGCGGGCCUCCCCUCCGACCUGCACUUUAUGGAGCUGCUCCUGCUGCUGCUGCUCGCGCACCGCGUGCGGAGGACAUCCGUGUUCGCCGCGGAGGUGGUGCCAGCCGAGCCUCAGAUGGACGCUCCCGUCCCGGACGGCGCGGAGCAGGGCACUGCGCUCCUCGCUGACGGCCUGCUCUACCGGCUGCGGGCCAGGGCGCCGGCGGCCGACCCCACCCCACCUCCGCCCCCACGCGUCCCUGGCUUCGUCGUGGUGGUCCAGCUAACGGGCGACGUCCGCGGCGUGCACGCCGUCUACCUGGGGCUGGUGCUGGACUCGCACGCGCGCGUGUGGAGCACGGACGACUGGGCCGUGACGGCCGCCUGCCUCGUGCGCGCCGAUCCGGCCGUGCCCAUCUGUCACGUGGUCGCCCCCGCCUGCUUGCCCCCCGUCAAGGACGAGGCGCGGGACCUGGCCUGCAGCGGCGUGCUCGCGCUCCGCAUGCUCGUGGACCAGUGGGUGAGCGUGGACCCUGCCGCGCUCACGCUGCAGCUCGGCAACCUGUCUGACGACUCCCGCCUCGCGCUGCCACCGCCGUCAACUCCGUAUCCUGCUAUUCCGGAGGAGUCCGCCUGGGUGGAGUGGCCUCUGUUGCAAACAGAAGACGACUCCAGAACUCUUCUGAAGCCCGCUUGCAGCUCGCCGUUCUUCGACGUGGACCCGGUCACCCCCCCCUCGGGAUCUCGUCCGCGCAGCGCCGGCGAGGACAUGCCGCUGGCAGCCAAGAUCCCUCGGAGGACUCGAAGCCUCGACGUCAGGGAGCCUCGCCCACCCUCGCCCAGGAUGGUGUCCAUCGACGCUUCGAGGUCGCCGUCACCACCGCUCCCCGCCAUGGACCGCGCCUCCUCGCUGUCCGUGCCCAGUCGUGGCGAAGACCCCCGGCCGCGCAGGCAGAAAGCCCGAGCCAGGAGCAUCCUCACGGGGCACAGGCCGCACCCGCCCUGCCCACCCAGGACCUACAAGAAUAUCGGCGGGGAUGCCGUGGCGUUCUCCAGCUUGCCGACCAGCUUGCCGUCUGGCGAGAGGGUGAAGCGCCGGGCGAAGCGCCGGCGAACAGACUGCGGAGGGGGGCCCCUGCUUCUGACCCUGGACGGCGAGGACGGCGUCGACUUAGACAAGGCUGCUUGCGCUGUGCAGUGAGUUGGCCAGACUGCGAACGAGGAGAUCGUCUUCGCCAGUAAAGGGUACUAAAUCCUCUGAAUAGCGGUUUUGUGUCACGAUUAAUCUUGCUAUCCAAAGGGAUCUCUUUUCAAGCCAAACUUUCCACGGCGGUUAUUUACUUACCUCCGAUUUGAUUUAUGUGUUUUUGUAGAAGCUAUAGAAUGUAAAACAGCGACGCUCUCAGUCCCAGCCCUGUGUCGUAAAAUUGUUUAAGAUUGAAUGUCCUUCUUUGUCCUUGACUAGUAGUAUGUAAGAGAAUCAAUGCAGAAUGUACAAGUGUAGAGAAUUACUCAUAAUUACAAUGGCAUCAGAUAUGUUCAUAGCAUUAUUGGCACGUACAAUGAAAUUUAAAUUAUUGUUCAA